AGAUUGCGGGAGUUUGCAUUUAGACGCGGCAUCAAGGUCAUGGGGGUUGGGUUUUAGUGCUUCAACAUAAACGAACAAAUUUUAAUGUUCACCGUAUAAUCGGUACACAAUAAUGUCUCGUUGCAGUCAGUUACAAUAAUGUCAGAUGUUGAUGCAUACCCAAGGUUUGCAGGUCGUGCACUGAGGAAUGAUUUGUCAGAUAAACUACUUAGUCCAUCUAAACAGGUUAGGUUCCGCUCGAAUGUAAUCACAAAUUCCUCUGAUCAUCUAGCUGACAAAGUGUCCUGGGAUUUUACUGAAUCUGGUCUCGAUGAAUUAACCAAUGUAACAUCAUCUUUUGGUAAUUUGGACUCCAUUUCCAUAUUGCAAAAUCGUUACCCACCAGAUAAUGCGCCAACACAAAGCCAUUUUGAUUCUAAACAAACAUUUUAUGAUGUAUCUGAGGCGAUGGAAAAUAAUGUCAAUAAAAUGUGUGAUCUUUCUGUGAAUACUGAAUGUCACCUUAAAGGCAGCUGUCAAAGUGUUUCAUUCCUCAAAACUACAGAUCACCUCCCUCAACAGCCGUUAUCAUCCUGUGGUCGUGUAUAUAGUUCCAAAAACUGUCCUUCAGAUGCGAAAAGUUCAAGUGACCAGGAUCCCAGAGAACUACCCAGCUAUCCUUUUACGCAUUCCGAAAGUCUGUCUUUGUCAAGUUUGACAGAUUUAAGUUGUCUGGAUCCAGAUACAACUUCUUUUUGCGAUCCAGGCGAGGCGACUCUAAAUUUUUCACAACCAGUCUUCAAUACAACAAAAGCCUUAGAACGGGAGAUUAAAUCCCUGUCUAAGAAAGUCAACAGUGUUUCCAAAGAGCAUCCCGCUGACGAAAUACGCUUAGAAGCGGAACGUAUUGUAAAUGAAGCUUGCAAUACUCUUCCCGCUGGAGAUAACUCUACCAAUCCUUUAAUUCUCAAUCCAAGAAUCACUGUUAAUAUACCUGAAAAUGUAUCUAUGUAUGAAAAUCUUAUAGAUUUGACAGUGGAUGAGUCGGAAAUAGUACGUUUGGAGCGUCAACGAAUUGCAGCCCAGCGUAAACGGUUGAUCGAAGCGAAUAGGAAACAAAAUAUCAAAGUUGAUUACGGUAAAACUCAGAGAAUUGUGUUUAACUUCUGUUAGCGGGACACAGACUGGAUUAAAGCAUGCUCAAUGCACGAUUGCUUUGGUGCACGUUGAUUGACUAAUUCUUAUCCAAUCAGCGUUAGUCAAUACUUAGUGAACACUAGAAAUCUCAUGUGAAAAACUAUAAAUAUACUAACGUUUUCCCUAUUGUGCUUACUUACUUCCAUCUAACCUUGUUAUUUGGAAUAUAAUCUCUUCUCCUGUUCAACCGUGUUCUGAUUUGGGGACUUGUCGAGCGAAUCGGUGUCCGAGAAUACUAAUCAAUAGGAAUAGCUGGGUUAUAACCGUAAGAGAGAAUUAUAUCAACUUCAAAUAUUUCAAGUUAUAAACUAGAUUUUUACUAGGCCAUCCUCUUGAAUCAUAGCAGUUCUAUUUAGUUUUGGGAGAAUUUAGUGUGGGUUUUUGUACUUGGUGGUUAGUCUGACCACACAGUUGCCAAAACUUCAUCAGAUGAAGUGACUUUCGAACCAGCUACCUAAUGCUUGAACGUUGUAUAAUAUAAUCAUUAGUUCAUCAUUUCGUAUUUCUCCAUUUUAAACACAUCCUGGUGAUGGCUGUAUAUGAAACAAUUUCUAAAACUAAUGAAAUAUUUUUUGCCAGGAGAAAGAAUACCUUACUGGUGACCCUCACGUCCUUGAAAUAACCUUAAAAGAGCACGCCGAUUUCUAGCCAGUCAGAACGGAGGUGUUAUAAGCGAAUAAUUUAUUAAAUAAAAUCCUAGAAAGGGUUGGAAUUAGAAUUUGAGGUUAAGAGUUAAGACUACAGCUUAAGGUUGGGGCUUAGAUUAGGGCCUAUGAGUAAUGAUAGAAAACAAUAGAAUCAUGUGUAACCACAUGGAUAAAUACUUAUGCAGCUAAUUCUUUGAUUGUAAGUACAAAUAACCUUUAAUUUACCGCGGAAAAUUCAUAAUUUUAGAUCAUAGUGAUUAGUUGUCCCAUAUUUGUGAAUUCUAAGUGCCUUAGCAAUUCAGCAUUAAUGGGUUUUACUCAGGUUUGUAUACAUACAUUGAGUUUGGGAUUUCGGGCAAAAAUCCAAUAAUUGUUGUCUCAAAUCUGAUUGGUUUAUCAUGUUCCUACAUUAAUUUUAUACACCUACUUCCUUUGCGUUUUGAAUGUCAUCAAUCUUGAACAAUUAAUAAUCUUAAAUUAUAAAUAUAACUGAAUUUGUG